AUGAGCAAUAUCCCUACUAAUCUCAAGAAGAAAGGAGUAUAUGGACUUGCUGAGAUGUCAACAACCACCGCCACGACCGUCAUGCAGGAGCCCAGCUCUCAGUUCCGCGGCGACGGUAAAACAUGGGACGGGUCAAUAGUCAAGGUCAAUACCUCACCAGAUGCCUCUAAGCAUAGAGGCAACGACGUCAGCUCAUCUGUCAAUUAUGGCGGUCAUCAGAAGGUGAAAAAGAGAAUCAAGUUUGGUGCCUGCAAUGAGAGUGAGCUCAAAUUGGCUUUGAGUGCACCGAUUGAUCCGAAAGUCUCCGAGUCAACACACACUGGACAUAAUUACAAAUCGAACGUUCUUUAUGCUGGAUCUGAGCAGGAAGUUGAUGAGCUUGUUUUUGAGUAA